AUGCCAGCCAAAAUCCCAUUCUUCCAACCCUCAGAUCCGCUCAAACAAAAGUGGCUCGAAGCUACCAACCCUACCCGCAUCUCGGCCCAGCUAUACGUCUUUGCCCUACUCAUAGCUAUCGGCCUUCUACGGCACUACCUUUCCCCCACGUCUUCCAAAACUUCUACCAUCUCAGACCACACAUUUGGUUCGACAACUGCACCAACCCAACCCGGAGCAAAAGACGAAUCUUUGGGCGAGAUAGAUUCGAUCUUUAUCUACCCGAUCAAAUCGUGCGCUGGAGUCAGUGUUUCAAGCGCAGUGCUGACUGGGCAAGGGUUUGAGUUGGAUCGAAGAUGGAUGGUCAUCGGGGAGAAGGAUGGGAAAUGGGAUAAGAUGAGUCUGAGAGAGGAGGCUAGGUUGACGCUUAUUCAGCCUGAGAUUGACGAGCAGCAGAAUGUUCUCCGACUAAGGUUGAGCGACGUUGGCCAAAAGGAGGAGAGGAGGAAGGAGGUUUUGGAGGGAAGCGAAACCACUCUACGACCAACAGCAGCAGAACUUAAGGGAUGGAAAGAAGUUCCAGCUGUAGAGAUGUACGGUGAUUACGCAGAUGGCCGUGUAGCCUCUCUUCCCGCUCCCUCCAAGGCGGAGCUGGAUGCAAGCAAUUGGAUCAGCUCUUUUCUGGGAUAUAAAGUGUUGUUGAUCCACUUCGACACAACCUCGAACACAAAGCGAAAAGCUUUUCCCAUCUUUAAACCUCCCUCCGACCCCACCUCGUGGUCUAGCAACGACAAAACAGAACUCCAUCGAGAACGCGGGAUUGAGUUUCAAGAUGAAUAUCCGCUCCUAGUCGCCUCUGUUGAAUCUCUUUCUGCUGUUCGAUCACAACUCUCUUCCGCCCUAGAUGGUAAGGGUGCGAGACCAAUCACCCAACUCGAUCCAAAAAAGUGGUCAGCACCGGAUGCACUGAACAUGGCAAGGUUCAGACCGAACAUUGUUGUCAGCUCCGGUGUUGGACCUUUUAGUGAAGAUAGUUGGGAACGCAUUUGGGUUCUCCCCUCUGAUGAAGGGGAGGAAGAGAAGAAGGCGAUGCUGCAGUUGGUAGCGAGAUGUCAAAGAUGUCUCCUCACCGCUGUAGACCCUGUAACAGCGGAGAAGGAUCCAAGUGUUGCAUUAAAACUACUGAACAGGAGUCGGAUGAGGGUGAAAAAAGUAGAAGGAAUGAAGGGGGGAAAUGGUAGAGCUGGACCUUGUUUUGGUAUGUACGCCAUCCCUCUUCCGCUAGAUGAAGGGCUGUAUGGAGGGCUGAACAAGGGUGACAAGAUCAGAGUUAGGUGGAGGCCAUACGAGCUGGAUGAUGAACCUGAUCGCCAAGCUUAG